UUCACGAAAUAUCGAAUCUUAUUGCUCCAUACAAAUAUCUAGCAUUUGUUUACACUGUAAUUUAUAUAGUAUAAUCUUCAACCUCUUGCAUGCUUUGAAAGUCAUCCCAAAGUCUACACAGUACUACAGCAAAUUUUCAUUUCUUUAUUAAAUGUUUGAGGUCAUACACACAAAGUAAAAGAGGAGUCAACAACAGUAACUUCAUUGCCAUCAACAAAUGCAAGUGUCAGCAGAAACUUUGAAGACAAAGCCAUUAAUCCACGAAUCCUCCAUCCCAAGGCCUAUAAAUGUGACCGCUGUGUGAGAACAUUCAAUCGCUCAAGUGACUUGAAAAGACACCAGUUGGCUCACAUGGAGAAUAAACCAUACACUUGUUGUCUUUGUGGCAGACAAUUUACGUGGCUGGGAAACUUUCAAAAGCACUACUUGAUGCAUCUGAGAUCAACGAGUUACGAGCCUGUCUUACCAAAGCCUGCUUUUGUUCAAAGCUAUUUUCCACCUCAACCUCCACCACUGUUCAACAUGAAAGCAUACCCAACAAUACGGUUAGAAAAACUCCCCACCAUGCCCAAUGUGCAGCAUGACUUUCAUUCGUGUGAUAGUGAUUUGCAAACACUCCAAUGUAGCGUAUGUCAUAUGACGUUUACCACGUUACGUGCUUUGAAGAUGCACACAAGAAUCCAUAGUGGUGAAAAGCCAUAUGCAUGUGGUCAGUGUGGCAAAGCCUUUGCAAGAAAAGAUGAGUUACGCACGCACAUGUACUCUCAUACAGGAGAAAAACCUUACAAAUGCAAGCAAUGUGCCGCCUCCUUUGUGCGUUUUGGUCAUUUGCAACGUCACGAAUAUGUUCAUUGCGAAGUAAAGCCCUUUCAAUGCAAGAUUUGUCCGAAGUCGUUCACCCAAUACCGCAAUCUUCAGACUCAUAUGUACAAACACACUGGAGAGAGGCCUUUUAGAUGCAAUUAUUGUCCAAAAGGUUUUACCCAAUACGGUACACUUCAGGCACAUGAACGCACACACACCGGAGAACGGCCAUACGCAUGUGAAAAGUGCGGAAAGCGUUUUAUCACUUCAUCACAUUUGCGUUGGCAUUCAAGAACCCAGCAUUAGGCACCAUACAUACACCUGCGUGUCGUGGAUUUGAUACAUUUACGAAGUGAAACAAAAACAGCGUCAUUCAAUGCAGUUGUAGGAUAAUCUUUAUAUUAAUUUCAUCAAGAGGCUCUGCUAAAGUCUAGCAAGAACGAAAUCAUAAGUUUAGACAAAGGAUCUUGUAUUAGAGGAAAAAGGAAACUUUACAAAAGUAUUAGUUAGUUUAUUUAAAGUAGCGGGAGUAGGUUUUUCAUUAUAUGUGGCUAUGUAAUCUUAUGUAGAAUCGACAAUAAAAGCACGAGACUUGA